AUGGGGAAUCUGGGUGUAACAACAUUGCCUGCAGAAGCAACAUCAGUGCCAACUCCACCAAAAACCUAUUCCAUCAUAUUUGACAACUUGGACUUCUUCUGCCGCACACACCAUCAGUCGAUCAGCCAAAAGAACCAAUCAACACACUGGAUCCACCACAUGCGCCGUGACUAUGUUGUUCUGGGAAGCAGAAUCAUUACCAAGUACAUGGAUGCCUUCAAGCCAUUGUCGUCAACCGUGGUUCAUAACAUCCCUCACCAGUAUUCUGCAGAAAUGUCAGAGCCUUCAACCCACUACCCCCUUGGACUUCUCUUCAAAGAUGAGAACCAAUCUACAGAUUUAGCUGAUGUUCUACAGCAUUUUCAGAAUGAGUAUGUUCCAAAGGGCCCAGAAGGACCACAAAGCAUUUUAGUCGGUGGUGACAGACUGACAGAGGGCUGA